AUUGGAAAUUCCAGAAAUGAAGUCUUCUCCUGCAACUGUAAAGAGAAUGGAGGCCAUGAGCAAGAACAUUCCUCAAAGGACUGUGGGACGAAUGAUGAGGGCAAAAUACUCUAAUUAUAUCUACAGGGUAAUAAAACAGGACAGCCAGGCGCAAGACACCCAUAUCUCCAAGGACCUAAUGCUUUCCAUAGCUUCUGAAGCUGCCAGACUGUGUCUGUACAACAAGAGACGGACCAUCACAAGGCGAGAGGUUGAGAGCGCCAUGAAGAAUGUUUUAUCUGGAGGGGAUCCUACUGCUCUCGAAGAAUAG